GAAAAACUGGGAGCUGGCAUUUUCCAAGGGGUGACAUGAGUCUAUGUGGGGUGCAUCCAGCCGAAAGCGGACUGGAGGAUGGGACGUCUGGGUUUCUAAAGCGUUUGAAGGUGAUGAGAGAGCUCCACGGCACCAAGAUCUCUGGUAUCCAUGGGAGCUUCUGUUGGGUCAGUAACAAGACAGACCCUUUUCCCUCCUCUUGCAUCUGCAGGACGACCUUUUCGUAUAUCAAAUCAUGACCGAAGCAGUCGGAAAGGAGUUGUUGCAAGCAGUCUGCAGGACCUCACUAGCAAGACCCUGGAUGCCUUCCUGAUUACAGCCGGAAUAGUUACUUUGGUUUUAGAGGAAGAUGGUACGGUUGUAGAUACAGAAGAGUUUUUUCAGUCUCUUGGGGAUAAUACACACUUCAUGAUUCUAAAAGAAGGACAGAAGUGGACACUAGGAGCAAAUUGCCUCGCUGUACAGCAACCAAAGAAAAUGGGCGUGGCCAACAUCACAUUUGAUUUGUACAAGCUGAAUCCGAAAGACUUCAUUGGUUGUUUAAAUAUUAGAGCUACUUUCUAUGAAAUCUACUCUGUGUCAUAUGAUAUCAAGUGUAUGGGAGCAAAAAAUGUGCUGCGAAUUAUGGAAUUGUCACAUGGGGAAGAGAACCUGUCCUCCACACUAAACAAAAAUCUCUGCCGAGGUGGGCUAUGUUAGAAUCACACUUCCUAUUCCUGCCCAAGAACCAAGAAGAAACUAGGCAGACAAAGCCAGGCUUUCCCUUGGAGGAAAGGAGAGCUCUUUAUAUACUGAUUCCUACUGUAAUCUGCAUUUGCAACUCCCUUUUGCCCCUGUUUCCUUAGUAUAUUUAGCUUGGUACUCAAGUCUAGAACUCUUGUGUGGGCAGGAAAGGAAGUGGGGUUAAAGAGAGAGACUUAAUAGUGAAAGCAAAAUUUGUUGGUGUAGUACCUGGUCUUAAUGUUAUAUAUAUUUUUAAAUAUCUGGAGACUGGAAAGAAAUGUGCCUAAUGAGCAGUUAGACUUAAAUCUGCAUACUUGAUACUUUUAUAGUCUGUGGUUCUUGCUCCUUCUUCAUAAAGCUACAGCUCUCAUUGUCUUAAUUCUAGAGGCAUAAUGACCCAAUACCUUGUCUAACCUUGCAUGUUUUAAGCUGUUACUUUUCAGCACUUACAUUCCAGAGUACAGAUAAAUAUUUAUUUCAGUGAGGACAAAGCUUUAAUUUUCCCAGGUCCAUCAGUAUUCUUGCCAGCUUGCCCUAAAAGUCCCCUCUAAUACAGCAAUAGUAUGUGCUUGCUUAGCCAGAGUCUUCCCUUACUCUGUCAGUACAUGCCUAAAGGAAUGUGUUGCUCAUAAAAUUGGAAGUGAAGUAAUGCUGGGGGGAUCCAACUGAUUUCCUAAUGGCUUCAAGUCACAGCGGUGUUGGGAAUGGUUUAAGUGGGUGACAGCUUUACUUGCUCGAAGCAUUCUCUUCUUCCUGGGACCAGCUGUACAAUAUAUCCACUGCUCCAUUAUAACUACUAGGAACUGCACUGGCAAUAGAGUGAGGCUAUUGGCUAGUGUAGCUGUGUGUUCCCAAACAGCUGGAAGUGGGUGAAACAAGAAAGUUGUUAAUGAGUCUUCUGAGUUCAUACCAAAAGCUCUUUGGUCUGAAACAAGAAAAUGGGGAGUUCCUUUUGUCUCUUUCACCACAGCCUGCU